AUGUCAAAAGUCCAAAACCUGAGGCAUUUACUGCCAAAAUCAACCCUACAUUACUAUAAAUCGCCAUUGGUGAUUCAAAAAGGUGACAAACAAUGGUUAUACGACUCAAAUGGCAACAAGUACUUGGAUAUGUUUGGAGGAAUUGUCACUGUCUCUGUCGGGCAUUGUCAUCCGUAAGUCUUUAGAAUAGGAUAUUGUAGUAGGCUUAUCACAAGUUUAACUCAAUAUUGUUUUAGUAAAGCCAAUGAAGCUUUGUCACAACAAAUGAAGAAGAUAUGGCAUACAACUUCGAUUUACAUUACUGAGCCAGUAUAUGAAUAUGCUCAAGCGUUGACUAGUACUUUGCCAGAUCAUUUGAAUGUAAGUUUAGAUCGAAGGGUAAGGUAGGGUAGGGUAGGGUAGGGUAGGGUAGGGUAGGGUAGGGUAGGGUAGGGUAGGGUAGGGUAGGGUAGGGUAGGGUAGGGUACGGUAUAGUAGGAUAUUUUAUACUAUAACUGCCACUUUUAGGUAUGUUUCUUCACCAAUUCCGGCUCAGAAGCCAACGACUUGGCCCUAGAGCUGGCUCGUCUCUAUACCGGUCGAUUCGAUGUUUUAUCCCUGCGUAAUGGCUAUCAUGGAAUGACACAAGCCUUGGCUGGUGCUACUAAUCUCGGCAAUUGGAAACAACCUCUACCUCAUGGAUUUGGCAUUCUAAAGUCUUUGUGUCCUGACCCAUUCAAAGGUGUAUAUCGGUGUGGAUCGUGCAGGGACAGUCCGGUUCAGGUCAAACAUGCUUCGAAGUGUGAGAAAGGUAUGGUGGUUUUAAAAUGUGACCAAUAAUAGUCUAAUUAACUUUUUUAUAGUAUAAAAAUAGCAAAAAUAACUUUUUUAUUAACUAAAAGUAUCAAAAGAGCAAAAAAAAUUAAUUUUUCCAAGCGGAAUCGAACUUUUUUCAUUUUUCAACUUUUUUAUAUAGUCAUAACUUUGUUGUAAAAUAAGAUAUAAACAAAAAAACUUCACGAUAUAUACAUCUUUUCAUGCUUUACAAAACCUAUAAAUUUAAUUUAAAAAAUAUGUUUUUGAAAAAAUGAAAAUUGAAAAAUCUGGGUAAAACCCAUUGUAACUUUUUAAAAAAUUGUCUUAUUAAAACUUUGAUUGUCGGUAUUGAAAACACCUUCCAAGAGCUAUUUUCACAAAAAUGUUCAAGUUUUAAAUUAGUUUUUGAAAAUAAUUACAGCUGUUUAAAAAUCUAAAAAGGACUAAUUUAAGUUUUUUAUAUAGUCAUAACUUUGUUGUAAAAAAGAUAUGAACAUGAAAUUUUCCAGGUAAAUACACCUUUUUAUGCUUUACAAGAUCCGUUAAUCAAAUUUUCAAACAAAUUUUUUUUUGUUUUUGAAAAAAUGAAAAAAAGUUUGAAAAACCAAGGGUACUGCAAAACUACCGUAAUUUUUUUUAAAAUUUUUAAAUUAAAACUUUAAUUAUUAUGUUUGGUGACAAAAUCAACAAGCUAUUAUUGCACAAAUUUUCAAGUAUUAAAUUGUUUUUUGAAAAAAGUUAUAGCGAUUUAAAAAAGUUAAAAGUAAAAAAACGUCCAAUUUUGAUAAAAAAAUGGAUUCUUCAGGUUUUCAAAGGACUGUAAGUCUUUCCAAAUUAACAUUCUAUUAACAAAAGCUUGACGGUAUAUACAAAAUAUGUAUAUCUUUCAAGUGAUAUAUGUUUUACUACGGUAAAUAUUUUAAAAAGUGCAUUUUUCAAUUAAAACUAGCCCAAACUCAUCAUAUUUUACCAUAAAAACCAAAAAAAAAAUUUUUUUAAUUCAGGCUCACCCUGCCAAGCCACAGCCAAUUACCUAGCCCAACUCGAUGAAGUUCUAGACUACGACUUCCCAAAAUCGACCGGUCCAGCCGCGUUUCUGGCCGAAUCAAUCCAAGGAGUGGGUGGUACUGUUCAAUACCCAAAAGGAUACCUGAAAGGAGCUUUCGAGAGAGUUCAGAAGCGAGGUGGACUAGCCAUUGCUGAUGAAGUUCAGACUGGAUUUGGUCGACUUGGCUCUCACUUUUGGGGAUUUGAAAGUCAGGACGCUAGGCCAGAUAUUGUGACUAUGGCCAAAGGAAUUGCCAAUGGUUUUCCUAUGGGCGCGGUUGUUACUACGAAGGAGAUUGCUGAUUCAUUGGGAAAGGCAUUGUACUUUAAUACUUAUGGUGGUAAUCCAUUGGCUACUACUGUUGCUAAGGCUACAUUGGAUGUAGGUUUUUAAGAGCUUUUCUGCCUUACCUCACUGUACUUUAAUCUACCCUUCCCUACCCUACUAUAAAGCGGUACCAAAUAGCCUUAUCAUAGUCCUGCUCUACCCUAAAAUACUCUAGUUUCUACCAUACCUUUAACUUUUUAAGAUUUACAGCAGAAAAUGACAAUCUAAAACAAUAUAAGUCAACAACUCUUUCAGGUGAUUCAAGAAGAGAACCUUCAACAGAACUGCGAAGUCGUAGGCACCCACUUCCUCAACCAAUUAUCUAAAAUUCCCUCAAAACUGAUUGGUGACGUUCGAGGAAAAGGCCUGAUGGUUGGUUUAGAACUAGUACAAGAAGGUACUACACCAUUACCAGCCGACAAAGUGGCUACAGUUUUCGAGAAAAUCAAAGAUAAUGGGGUUUUGGUGGGGAAGGGAGGGUUGAAUGGCAAUGUUUUGAGAAUCAAACCACCAAUGUGCAUCGACAAGAGUAAUGCUGAUCAAUGUGUGGAUGCUAUUGCCAAUGCUUUGAAGGAGAUUGAAUAA